GGAACGGUUGUUCUUAUAUUUCAACCAGCUGAGGAACAAGGUGAAGGUGCAAAAGACAUGAUCCACCAAGGGGUGCUCGAAAAUGUAGAGGCCAUAUUUUAUUUGCACAUAGUGCACAAAUAUCCUAUUGGUACUGUGGCUGCUCGGCCAGGAGAGUUUCUAGCCGGGUGUGGGAGCUUCAAAGCAACAAUCAGAGGGAAAGGGGGUCAGGCAAUGAUGCCACAACAGUCCAUUAAUCCCAUACUAGCACUUUCUAGUUCUCACUUGGAAUAA